AUGGUCGGACCACAAGCUCAUGAGGCGGCUGUGUGGCCAUUGUUGGAGCAGGACUCCAAGUCGGGUCUCAAGACUCAGCUUGAACAAGGCUGGCUGGAGGCCAAUGUGCUGCAUGAAGAUGCGGAAGCUCCGGAUCUCACAGCUCCUUUGUUGCAUGGGUUCCAAGAGCAGGAGUGUCGGAGGCUGGGCUUGUGCCUUUGCAAGCCCGGCCCCGAUUCUGAUGCUUAUUUCAUGCACAAAAAGAUUGUCAUGCUUUACAAGAAUUUCUUUGUGGUCAAGCGACAGAAACGAGAGACAGGCCAGGCCCCACAAGAUCAGGCCACAAAGAGCAAGCCCAAGGCGAAGAAGACUUCCAGCAGGUUGCUGUUGGAAAGUGGGUUUCUGGUGUUGAGCUUGCGCCGCAGUGCACCCACCCCUCAGGAGCACCAGCAGCCUGCAGAAGCACUGGUGGAGACGUCCUUGGCUUCCAUAGGAUGGUCGGAGACUGCGAUGGCACAGGCAGUGCCAAGUGGGAUGAGCCAUGGACCUAGCCAAAGGGCCUCUGUUGAAGCAAAUGCUUUUGCAGAAGGCCCUUUCUUCUUUCACAUCGGCUUUGUCAACUAUACGACCUACGACUUUACAGUAUUGCCUCUGACGCCUGGUGAUACACAUGAGGAAGCUGGCCGGAAGUUGCGGGACCUCCAUGUCCCACAGACCCCGCGUUUCAUGCGGGCCCCGAAUGCCUUCAGGGCAUGCAUAGACUUCGAUGCCAGAUGGACUGCUGGAUUUCAUGUGAUUUUCGCGGACGAUUCUCCACAGACAGUCUGGGACACUGUUGCAAACAAAGUUGAAGUGGAGGAGCAGUCGAUCUUGCCGGAGGUUGAGGUGUGGAAGGCAGGGAAGCGCCGUGUCAAAGGUUCUGCUGACGAUGGUGCUGGCCCUGAAGCAACUGAGCCAGAAGCUGCAGCUGUCACAGAUGGUGGUGGUGAGCAGCCCGAUGUCGAACCCGAGCGCGAGCCUUGGCAUGCCGAGGACGCCGGUGAGGACAAUGCGGACAAUGUUGAGAAUGAUCGCCACUCGAACACAGAUAGUGAUCACUCGGAAGCUUUGGAGAUGGCCCUGGAACAGCUAGCGCAGGAAUUACCAGCUGAUGCAGCUCCGCCAGAUUCCAAGCAGGCUGCUCCAGCACACCGGGGGACAUCCAUCGAGGAGCGCGAACAGGCUCUCUUGAGCAGGUUGGAAGCGAGAGCUGCGGAAACUCCAGCCGCAGAUUCUGUUCCUCAGGAUGAUGAGGCUGCUGUGGCCACAUCCCGUGCUGGCAGAAAGAAGACUGGCACCGAAAUCAUUGUUCCUGUCGGGCAUUAUGGAGAACUGCACUACUACCCGCUGAACAACAGCUGCACAGCCAUAUGCAGAUGCAAACGGCAUGGCAAUGAUUGCAAAAAGGGCAGAACCUUCAAUGAGUUGAAGCGACCUGCUCGCAGCAGCGGGAGCCGUGAUCGUGAAAGUGUUCGCGAAGCACAAGGGCGACCUAUUGGCCUGCUGGUUCACUGGCUGAUGUGUCAAGACAGUCACCCGAACAGACAAGCGCAUUGUGACACAGCUCUUCCGCUCCACUUCAGCUUGGACGAGCGCAAGAAAGCCCGAGAAUUCUUCAGUACCAUGCCAAAAGCGGAUGAAAUACUUCGACGCGAGCGUGCAAAGAAGCCUGGGGAAGCCGAGGAGCCUGAUUUCAUUUAUUAA